AUGGCGUGGUACGUGCUGCAAGAUCUGUUUGAGAUAAAAGGUCAAAAGCUGAUAGAAACUGAGUGGCAUUGCAUGGGAAAGCCUAUGGUGAUAGUGGUCAACCCAAGAGGUGAAGUAAUCCACAUGAAUGCACUAUACAUGAUAUCCACAUGGAAGAUUGAAGCUUUUCCAUUUGAAAUUGAGAAAGAAGACAAGCUUUUCCAGAACUGGAAGUGGUUUUGGAACCCUAUAACCACAGCUUCCAAGCAGCUGGUUGACGGGAACAACAGUUACAUCAUCAUCUAUGGAGGGACAGACGCUAUUAUGAUCCAAAAGUUUGAUUCACUGAUAAAUGACAUAAAAAAAGCUUCCAUUGUUGUUAAAGAUUUCAACCCGCAAAAGGCUGGUGAGAAUGAAAUAUCAAAGUUUUGGAAGAGCAUCAGCCUCUUGUUCGUGAGCAGAGUUCAGAAGGAGAACUACGACAAUGACAGCUAUUACACUGUGAUGAUUGACGCCCUAGCAAAAUUCAAAGAGUGGAAAGUGAGUGGCCAGAAACAUGAGUUUGCAGAUUACUACAAAACUAAUAAAGUGGAAUCAGCGGUUUCUCCUUGCUAUGAGAUUGAGCUGAGCAAUGUUAACUCAAGGAUUCCAAUUUCCAUGGCUUGCUCUGAGCUAUCUUGUCAUCUGAAUAUGGUGAUUGAUGUUGUCAAGUACAAGUGCUGCCAUACUACUAGUCACGAUCACCAUGAUCAAGCAAAUGUGCACCAUGCAUGA